AUGGCAAAAACCAAGAAGGCCCCGGACUCGCCAACCCGCAACCAACCUCGAAGAGCGGUCAGAGAUGGCGUCCAGAAACCCAAGGGCAACCCAGCGCCCAACUUCACCGGCAAGCCUCGGGGCCAUGCCGCGAAGAAAAUCAAGAAGAACCUCAAGGCAAUGCUCAACAAGAAAGUCGACGCCAUGAAUCCCGACGACGUUUGGCUGGAUAAAUCCGGCCUUCUUGGGAUGGGGUCUGCUCUAGGCCAGCCAUCCCCCAUCACAGCCAAGUCACCGAGGAUGGCCAGGAAGGGCAGGAAGAACCGCAAGCGAAACACCCCAAAGACAGAAAAGUUCAUGGAUGACAUCUUGAUGUCCGACGACGAGCCCGAAGACUCACUCCAGCGCUCGGAGCGUUGGAUCCCGGAUAUGGAGCUGCGAAGGCGUCCCAGCGAGAAGCCAGCGCAUAUGCCCCAUGUGCUUUGGAUGUCUUACUAUUUCCUGGACGAGUACAUUUAUCGACAGUCGCUCACUGCUUAG